AUGGUCCCAGAGCCCGGCCCUGCCAACAGCAGCACCCCGGUGUGGGGGUCGGGGCCGCCGGCGGCCGCGGCGGGCAGCGGCUGGGCGGCGGCCGCGCUGUGCGUGGUCAUCGCGCUGACGGCGGCGGCCAAUUCGCUGCUGAUCGCGCUCAUCUGCACGCAGCCGGCGCUGCGCAACACGUCCAACUUCUUCCUGGUGUCGCUGUUCACGUCGGACCUGAUGGUGGGGCUGGUGGUGAUGCCGCCCGCCAUGCUGAACGCGCUGUACGGGCGCUGGGUGCUGGCGCGCAGCCUCUGCCUGCUCUGGGCCGCCUUCGACGUGAUGUGCUGCAGCGCCUCCAUCCUCAACCUCGGCCUCAUCAGCCUGGACCGCUACCUACUCAUCCUGUCGCCGCUGCGCUACAAGCUGCGCAUGACGCCGGCGCGCGCCCUGGCCCUCGUGCUGGGCGCCUGGAGCCUCGCCGCGCUCGCCUCCUUCCUGCCCCUGCUGCUGGGCUGGCACGAGCUGGGCCACGUGCGCGCGCCUGCCCCGGGCCAGUGCCGCUUCUUGGCCAGCCUGCCCUUCGUCCUCGUGGCGUCGGGCCUCACCUUCUUCCUGCCGUCCGGUGCCAUCUGCUUCACCUACUGCAGGAUCCUGCUGGCUGCCCGCAGGCAGGCCCUGCAGGUGGCCUGCCUCACCACGGGCACCGGCACCGCGGGCCACGCCUCGGAGACACUGCAGGUACCCAGGACCCCACGCUCGGGGGUGGAGUCAGCUGACAGCAGGCGUCUGGCCACCAAGCACAGCAGGAAGGCGCUGAAGGCCAGCCUGACGCUGGGCGUCCUGCUGGGCAUGUUCUUUGUGACCUGGCUGCCCUUCUUCAUGGCCAACAUCGUCCAGGCUGUGUGUGACUGCAUCUCUGCCAGCCUCUUCGACACCCUCACGUGGCUGGGUUACUGUAACAGCACCAUGAACCCCAUCAUCUACCCGCUCUUCAUGCAGGACUUCAAGCGGGCCCUGGGCAGGUUCCUGCCUUGCCCGCGCUGUCCGCGGGAGCAACAGGCCAGCCGCGCCUCCCCGUCCAUGCGCACCUCCCACAGCGGUGCGCGGCCAGGCUUGAGCCUGCAGCACGUGGUACCGCUGCCGCUGCCGCGAGACUCGGACUCAGACUCCGACUUGGGUUCCGGUGGCUCCGCGGGCCUGCGGCUCAGGGCGCAGCUGCUGCUACCCGGAGAGGCCACCAGGGACGCGCUACCGCCUGCCAGGCCCGCUGCCGUCAAUGUCUCCGAUACUGAUCCCACGGAGCCAGAGCGGCGGCAUCCACUUGGCACCCCCACGAACUGACCGCGGCUUUCUGCUGGCCGGCAGGGAGCUGGAGCCGGCGGGACCAAGCUUUGAGGCCUUGCACCAGCUCUUGGCUAAGACCAGGAGGCUCCAGGUCUCCUGGGAGCCCUCUGAGCUCCAGGCCCUCUGCCCAGAGGGAGGAGAGCUGGCUUGGAUGGAGGUAUCUGCAGAGGGUUCCAUUGUUGUGGUUGGUGUUGAGGAUUGUGAAAAGGCUCUGGGGGUUGGGCAGAAGGACCUCUGGGCUCCGAAUAGGAUGACACGCCCGUCCUUUGCCCAUUUGGAGGCUGCAUGGGAGGGGGGCCCCUCCAUAUGUGGACAGGGGUCAGUGCUGGGCCUGUUCUUAUUCAGCCCGUGGGCCACUGACAUCAUUGUCACCUCCAGGGAGUUUGUUAAAAACCUGCACACCUGCUGGACCAGCAUGCUUGUUCACAAGGCCCCCGGUGAGCUGUGCACACGUCCAGCCUGGGAUGUGCUGGCUUAGAGGCCCCUUAGCCUGGAAAAGGACCUGCAGCAGUUUGGUGUGAGAUCUGCCAGCUCCCAGGAUGUGCGUGGCAGCCCGGGAGCCAGGCAGGCGCACGGCUGAGCCUCUGCAUUGCCGCGUACCAGCUCCGGGGC